UGCCAACUACAAAAGUCCCUCGUGUGGCUCCUCCAACUUAGAUAGGUCAUGCUAUAGUUCGCACGCAAGAUAUCAUUCUCAGAGACCCUCUUGUCGGACCCUGAGUAUCGCCAAAUCAUCCUCAUCCAGCAUCCCCGCAAUGCGCGCUCCGUCUCCGCUCCUGCGGAGCCUGCGAUCCAAACCAUCCGCCCUUCCCUCACGUUGUCUCCUCGCGCGACAACGCCCAACCAGGUCACCCUUUCUAUCAACCUCCAGAUACAUUGCUAGCUACACGCAUCCUCACCAUGCAUCCGCUAUUUCGGUCCUUCCCACAACAGUGGACACCUCGUCUGCAGACUUCAAGGACAAUGCCCAGCAAAUGCAGGAGCUCCUCGACCGAAUGAACAAUCUCCACAGUACCAUCUCCCAAGGAGGUCCGCAAAAAGCAAGAGACAAGCAUCUCGCCCGAGGAAAGAUGCUUCCCCGCGAUCGAGUCACGGCCUUGAUCGACCCAGGAACGUCCUUCCUGGAACUCUCCCCCCUCGCAGGCCAUGAAGUCUACUCCGACGACGUCCCCGCAGGAGGCAUCAUCACAGGGAUCGGAACAGUCGAAGGAGUCAACUGUAUGAUUGUGGCCAAUGACAGCACUGUCAAGGGAGGCACAUACUACCCCAUCACUGUCAAAAAGCAUCUCCGCGCACAGGCAAUUGCUCAAGAGAACAAACUCCCUUGCCUCUACCUCGUCGAUUCCGGCGGUGCGAAUCUCCCCCACCAAGCAGACGUCUUCCCAGAUAAAGAACACUUUGGCCGCAUCUUCUUUAACCAGGCUCGCAUGAGCUCUCUGGGCAUUCCCCAGAUAUCCGUGGUUAUGGGUCCCUGCACCGCCGGAGGAGCAUACGUUCCCGCUAUGAGCGACGAGACUAUCAUCGUUGAGAACCAGGGCACCAUCUUCCUGGCUGGCCCUCCUCUCGUCAAAGCUGCCACAGGCGAGGAAGUCUCCGCCGAAGACCUCGGCGGGGGUCACCUUCACAGCACAAUCUCAGGCGUAACAGACUAUCUUGCCGUCGACGACGCGCACGCCAUCAUCCUCGCCCGCAGAUCCAUUUCCAACCUCAACUAUCCCAAAACGAAUCUUCCACUUCAAAAUCUCCCCAGCGAUGCCAUUAAAGAGCCUCUGUAUGACCCAGCAGAACUGAACGGAAUCGUGGGUACUAACCUUCGUCGCCAAAUCCCCGUCCACGAAGUCAUCGCCCGUAUUGUCGACGGCAGUGAGUUUGCCGAAUUCAAGCGUGACUAUGGCACCACCCUCGUCACCGGUUUUGCUCGUAUCUUUGGGCAUCAGGUCGGCAUUGUUGCCAACAACGGGAUCCUAUUCUCGGAAUCCUCUCUGAAAGGCGCACACUUCAUCGAGCUCUGCGCACAGCGCAAGAUCCCCCUGGUCUUCCUUCAGAACAUCUCCGGCUUCAUGGUCGGCGCGGAUGCGGAGAAGGGCGGAAUCGCAAAGAACGGUGCGAAGCUCGUCACAGCUGUGGCGUGCGCAGACGUCCCUAAAUUCACAGUCGUCUUUGGUUCCAGCGCCGGCGCAGGCAACUAUGGAAUGUGUGGCCGCGCCUACUCUCCUCGGUUCUUGUUUAUGUGGCCCAACGCCAAAAUCGGCGUCAUGGGCUCCGAGCAACUCUCCGCUGUCAUGGAAGCUGUAGGCCGGACGGCGGAUCCGGACCUGAAGGCUCGGAUCGAUCGCGAGUCGGAGGCGGUCUUUUCGUCUGCUAGACUGUGGGAUGAUGGGGUUAUUCCUCCUGCGCAGACGAGACGGUUCCUGGGUCUGGGGUUGGCGGCUGCUGUGGGCGGAAAGGUAGAUGAUGUGCAGACUCGGUUUGGAGUGUUCCGGAUGUGAGGUAUUUUAUACAAGUGAUGGCAUAGCCACAGGAACACUUGGUGGAGUGGUUUGCAUUUUGAACUUUUAUUAGCUAGUGAGUUAUUAGCACCUACGGUUCCCAUGGAUGAGAAACAUACUCGCGAGAUGUGGUUCGCUCUAGCCAAUCAUGUGCGCUUCUAACCACGUUGAUUGAAAAGAACUCCUUCCACGGUUCAACUUGAUAAUCGACAGCAUCGGAUACAAUAAAAAUUGUUUCCAGUAUUAUAUCUGGCCAACAUGUCUGUCCACAGGUGCCUUUGUAUGGGUUCUGCUGUAUUGAUGAUCUCUCUGCAUCCCCUCUAUCGACCUGACAGGAAAUGUGGAGACCAAACCUGCUUAUCCUCAAUCCUAAUGAUACUAAGAUUUACAAGAGCAUUUGGCCAAUCUGUUUGGCCUCCGCAAAGUGUAC